AUGGGAGACAUGUCUACAGAUCAAGAUGCUAAAGGGGCUGGACAAGGCGUUAUAAACCAAACUCAGAAGAGUUCGAAUGAGUUGUACAAGUAUGUCGACCUAAACGGCGGUGGGUGUCUUGUUGAAGCAUUCAGGAGAGCUCAGGCAAGGAAGGACUUCACUGAGGUAGAAGAACUCAUCGAGGGAUUUCGUGAGAAGUUUUUGUACAACAAUGGGGCUGGAAAGGACGUCGAUAUAGAAGAACUUGUUCAAUGGAGACUAAAGAGUCGCAAGGUUCAAAAACCAUCUAAGAGAGAAAGCUCUUUGAAGGCUUGCUUUACUAAAUGUUCAAAUCGAGUGGAGGAUACGAUCGAAGCCGUUGGAACAGAUCAUUAUGCAAUGAAAACUGAGAACAUUGGUACGUACGGUUCAUGCAUUAUUUCAUUUAUUAAUCAUGUUUUAUUGUCUCUAAAGUACAGUUCUGCAGAAAUUGUUUUUAAACUAUACGGACAUCAGUUUGUCCAUAUAAAAGUAUUUUUGAGUAAUACAGACCUUAUGUUUUUCUCAUAUGAAGCGUUACGCUGAUAGAAACAAAUGUUUAAAGUAUUCAUGAUCUCACGUUGCGCCUCAUUACUUUGUAUUAGCUUGGGACCUUGUACCUGAUGCCUGAAUGAGGUCAUAAUUGAACAUAUUGUAUGAAAUAGGUCAAAAGUCAUGUUGAUUCAGAGAUUCAGAAGCAGAUGCAGAUGAAAUUUAAACAUGCUGAUUGCCAUUUCAUCUAUUGGUGACCAGAAUUUUCAUUUUGCUUGCUAGCAUGCUACUAACUUGAAGUCUUGUUAAUAAUGUUCUUCCUGUAAAUGACAGCGCCGAACACUUUGCACCCUCACAUCAGUAUGUAUAUUCUCCAUAUUGUUCUCCAUACUUUUCCAAAGAUGCUGACAAGAAUCUAGAGUUUCUUUAGUUGAUGAUCAUUUCCUUUAUUUUUGUGACCCUAUUGUGAUUUAUGGUGAUAUUUUAAGGAGAAGUUAGGCUCAAAGCAAACAGUAAAAUACAUUAAGAUUAAAACCUAGAGACUGAGAGAGGUUGGAAACCUUUCUUGCAAGCAUUAUAAUGUGUCAGGAGCAAUAAGAUAGCUAGGACUCAGUUUCAACUAAAACAAUUCUUUGAAUUCAAGUGAUUUUUUCAUCAACAAAUCGAACUGCACACACCUAAAGCAGCUACUUUUGUUUAUUAUAUUCUAGGAUCUAAUAGCACACGUUUUUUUGUUUGUUACAGAGAGUACGACAAGAUCUGUUUGCUGGGAUAUCAACCAACGUGCUGCUGUGGGAGAAAAUGUCCUUCACUUGUGUUUUCUGAAUGCAACUCAAGUGCACUAUGAUAUAGCCAAGUUAAUCAUAAAGAAAUUCCCUUCUCUUGUCAAUGAUAUUUAUAUCAGUGAUGAGUUUUAUGGUGAGAUGAAUAUCAUUUCAUAGUUAUUCUACCACUCAAAACAUGUAACUAAGUAUUAUUCUUAAAUAAGCUGUCACUAGGAUUUUGAAUUGAAGCACUUUUACUUAUGUUUACCAUAUUUCCUUGAAUAAGUGUGCACGCUCUAAUAAACACCCUCUCUCUGUCUCAAUUUAGCUCCCACUCCUUUAGACCAUAAUGUUAAUCAAGUGCUUCUCUCAAAUAAAUGCUCCCUGCCAUCCACACUUUCUUUAAUAGUAGGGAUACAGGGAAAACCUGUUACUGUUACCAGCUUUAACUAUUAUUAUUUUUAAGUUUCAACUACAGCAAAAUCAGCAGAGGAGAAUAGUUUCUGUUCUGUAAAGUCACUCCUAGUUAUUCUAUAUCCAUGUGCUUGCUGAGUUCCUUUAUGUGUGUUAUUGGUUCUAUUAAUUUUUGUCCUAUUGGCACACUGACUUAAUGAGGCCCCUCCCCCCUCCCUAGAUUAAACACCCGCCUUGCAAUAAGCACCCCUGAUAAGAUUGGUGAGGCUUGAUAUUUUGGUGCAGGUGCGUGGCGUGACGUUGUUAAAACCUAAACAGCUUGAAGCUCAUAUAUAUGUGAUUAUACACACGUGUUAUAGCUUAAGGAUUUGUGCUCCUAGGUGAAAGUGCCUUGCACAUGGCAAUUGUCAAUGAAAAUCAACAUAUGGUUCAUAUUCUGUGCAAGAAUGGUGCAGACAUACAUGAACGUGCCUACGGAGCUUUCUUUUGUCCUGAAGAUCAACGAAAAUCAAGAAAAGAUCGUGCAGGGCAGGAGACUAUUGUUCUUACUGAUGAGACAAAUUAUGAAAGGUACAUAAGAAAGCAGAGUUUUUCUGUAGAUUAUUAUUUUUUUAUUAAGUGUAACUGUGUUUGUCUUAAAGUUUUAGUUAUUAAUAACUCUUAAAAUUAUCUUUCCCCCUCAGUUGUAUUACAGCAAUCUAAAAAAAAAUGGAAGAUGAACAUAAAGCAAUUGAAAUAUUAAUCUUAAUGAUAAUUAAAAUAAUUAUGAUUAUUGGUAGUAAAUGAGAAUUAGUUUGAUGAUCAUAUACAGGAAAAAUUAUACAUGUCUGAUUGGCUGAAAAUGGGUGAAUUUUUCAUGUAACACGAGGGCAAAAUUGUAACACAAGUGCAAAGCUGCAACACAAGUGUGAAUAACAAACAGUGUGUUGUGCCAAAAUUGCUUGUGUCGCGACUUUCUCUAAUUCGUUUAUCAUGGAAAUUAUUAACAACUAACAUCAUUAUUUCUUGCACAAUUAAUUGAUGUAAAUAAAAACUUGUAAGUUUUUCAGAGACUACAAAUUGUACUUGCCCUAUGAGCUCAAGACAUGUAAUUUUGUUAUGUUUGAAAAAUUUACUUGUGCAUAUAAACACCAAAUUGUACUGGCAAUCAUAUUGUUUCCUAUACUUGUUUGAAUCCCUAAAACAGUAUACAGCACAUGUAUGAUUUUUUAAGAAAGAAACCAAUUACAAGUGCACUUUGCUUCAUUGUAAAUUAACAGAGAAUUGGUAUGAUGUUACAAAACAUGUUCUUGGUUUACACUUAAAUUUUGUAAGUUGUAAAAUGUCCUUUGUUUCUUACAGCAACACUUAUUUUGGAGAAUAUCCAUUGUCUUUUGCUGCAUGUCUUGGUUUAGAGGAUAUGGUGCGAUAUUUCAUAGUCAAAGGGGCGUGUCCCAAUAAACAGGACACAAAUGGCAAUACUGUUCUUCAUAUGAUGGUUAUUCAUAAUAGAAUGGUAUGUAAAUAAUCCCUUGUUCACAUUUACCUGAUUAGUAAUAGGGUAGCAGUACAACAAGAGAAGCCAAGGGAUUAAGUCUUUUUACAAAAAUGGUCAAUUUGCAACAUUUGACUGAAUUGCUGAAUUGGAUAUGGUGUUGGUUCUAAACUUAACAAAACCAAGAUUUGUGUUACCAACAGAAGAGGAAAUGAUAUGAUCUCAGCUUUGAUACUAAUUAUAUACAGAGUACUGAUUGUUAUGAGCAGGGAAAAAUGUGCAAUAUCACUGAUUUCAACCUAAGGAGAAAGACCUUUCUGGGUGUCAAUAAGAGGUGUUAACUGUAUUCUAGGGCCAUUUAUAAGACUUCUUGAUACUGUCUGUUAAACUUGCCAGCAAGCUCUAAGUUGUGUUUGGGUUUUGCUCUACUACACAUUACUCCAUUAGCAGCUGCUUAUGGAAAAUUUUAUUGAAACACCUGAAAAUCCAUAUCAUGCCAGAAAUGGCUGAAAAGGAGACCUAAUAUUGCAGUUUAUGGAGCAUUUUUGUGUUGCAAGUACAUUCAUUCUGAUUUUUUUGCCAACAACGCCUAUUUUACUUGAUAAUUAUAAUUUAUUAAUGUCAAGUAGAGAGAGUGCUAUACAUAUUGGUAAUAAAGCCUACACAUGAUUGAGGAAAGUUUCAAUUGCAACAGAGAAGAACACUCUUCGCUCAAGUGUUUAUUUUUGAUUAAUCAACAGCUUCUGGAGAAUUGAAACAACCUUUAAGUUUGUAUUGCAUUCUUCUAUAUGACUUAAUGCAUUGCUGAAGAAUUUCCAAUAAUUAUUUUUAGUUUUCAGAUUUUGUAAAAUUGUUUCACUGUAAAUCUGGAACAAAACUAGAUCUUUAAGAACCAAGCCAACUUCUCGAGUACAAAAGAGUACUUAUUUGAAUGCUGUUGAACAUUUGCAGGACAUGUAUGACCUAAUUUUUGAUUAUGGAUGCCACUGUGCUUGUCAGUGUGGAAAACCACUUAACACUGUUAUGAACAACAUGGGCUUGACACCUCUGACCCUUGCUGCUAAACUGGCUCGCAAAGAGGUAAAUUUGUUAUUUUGAGGAUAUGCACGAUAAGUACAUUGCAUGAAGUUGUAAAUGUAUAGUCAUGAGUUUGUCUGAGUUUAUUAUUACCGGUAAUUAUUAACAAUGCAUCUACAUAAAUGUAUGUGGAAUAAAAUAUUUAAUUUGUUCUUGUUUGAUAUCCUUGGUAGAUGUUUCAUCACAUUUUGACACGAGAGAGAGACGUGUUUUGGAAAUAUGGUGAAGUGACAUGUGCUGCAUUCUCUCUGAAAGAUCUUGAUACAGUGAGAUUUUUUUUCAUAAUGUCUUAUAAUGAUCAUUCGUCUUUGUAGAAAGAUUUAAGAGUCCUCUGCAUUACCUUACAUUUUGUAGGUUUUCCAUAUCAACCAUAAUUUUCAUUUCCAUAUUUAUGGCCCUUCCUGAAAGGCUAAUUCAAAGACCUGUAAUUUAAUUAGCCCCUUAAAAUUUUCCUGUUAAAAAUUAGAAUGAUAAGAAGAAAAACCAAGACUCUUACUAUGAUUGUUAACCAGGGGACAGGUCAUUAUUUAUGUAGAGGGGGAGGGAGGGAAAAUAUGUUGGAAAGAUUAAAAUUUCUGUAGCCCCUCCCCCCUUCAGGCCAUGUGAAUAACAAGUGACCCCCCUUCUUUUUUCAAUGUUUAUGUGAUGACCCCCCUUACCUCAUAUCUCCUCUUACAUUCCUGCAAUUACUUGACCCUCCCUAACCUGUACCGUUUUCAUUUCCUAACUUGAAUCUUUUUCAAUCCCAUGAAGGUUUCAGUUUAAACUCUGAUAAACCUGUAUAUCUCAAUUGUCAAAAUUGAUAACUGUUACGUUGGUCAAAUAAUGCUGAUCAAUGUCAGUAUCUGAGCAAUUAUGCACCAAUCCCCUCCCUGAACCCAACAAGUCAACUGAUAACAAUUUAGGUUUAAUGUUGUGUUAGGAGUCACGGUAGAUGUGUAGCAUUGAUUCAAUAAUGUUUGUUGUAAUUUUAUGUACUCUUGCCAAUUUUUUAGCUGACAACAGAAGGCCAGAUAAAUGAGAAAUGUGCAUUAAACCUUAUUACACAUGAGGUAUGAAUGAGUAGACUUGUGUGUGACUGAAUAAAACUGAGAAGAGGAUGAUUAUUUUACCACUCAUGGUACAUAGUGCAACCUGUAUUCAGUGGACAAUUCUCUUUAAAAUUGUGUGGAGGCAGCCUUUAGAAGGAUCAGAGCUUGAUUAUUUUUUCCUGAGUUUGAUUGUGGUUAAGAUUACAUGGUGUGAUAUUCAAAGUUUUGUUCCAAGCUGAUAAUUUUAAAUUUCUCUGAUAAUAAGGCUACCAAAACACCAGAUUUGAAAGGUUGCAUGUUUCACACCUUAAGGGUCCCGUAUCAAGGUUACCAGUAACAAUGAACUUAAACUGCAUUCAUCAGAUGUUCUGUUUAUAGGGGAUACUAACAAUGGUCUUGUAGGCAUUUGCACAAUACAGGUUUCAGCAAAUAUACUUUGUUCAUUGAUUAAUGCACUAAUCAAUGCAUAGCUUCAACAUUCCCCCCAGCAACCCCCUUGGCAUUUGAACUUUAUAAGAUUGGUUUGUUCAAAUUCCCGUGGGUUUGUUUGGAAAUGGACAGGGAGGGGGGUGUUGAUAUAUAUGAAAGGAUGAAUAGUAAAGGAUUAACAUGCAUUUUGAUUGAGUGUAGUAGAUUCAUGCUAGUAUAAAAGUUUCAUAUUAAGAAGAUGUCAUUGAGAACUGAACAGUAUAAAAGCAAAAGUGCUUGGAGUGUGGGAUAUCACUGGUGUAAUGUAUUGCAACAUUAUCGCAAUAUUAGAUCAUGGCCUUGAAGAAGAUGUAGUAUUUAACUUACAAUUAGAUUCAUUUGUGAGCUCAAGAUCCCUGUUACAUGGUAGUUGAUGAGGAAAAAACCCAAAACACCUACCAGGCUCGUAUUUUUGUGUUUCAUUUUUGUUUACUACCACAUACUGUCUGGCUAUUCACUGUCUACCAUGGACUGGAGUGUGAGUGGCUUAGCUAAUCAGAUGGCAGCAUUUUUGAUUGAACAGUAGUAGAUUCACACUUAGUUUUAAUUAUAGUUAGACAACCCUCUUUAAUAAUAGUUAUAGAUAGAUAACUCUCUUUAGUAAUAAUUAUAGUUAGACAAACCUCUUUAAUAAUAGUUAUAGAUAGAUAACUCUCUUUAGUAAUAAUUAUAGUUAGACAAACCUCUUUAAUAAUAGUUAUAGAUAGAUAACUCUCUUUAGUAAUAAUUAUAGUUAGACAAACCUCUUUAAUAAUAGUUAUAGAUAGAUAACUCUCUUUAGUAAUAAUUAUAGUUAGACAAACCUCUUUAAUAAUAGUUAUAGAUAGAUAACUCUCUUUAGUAAUAAUUAUAGUUAGACAACCCUCUUUAAUAAUAGUUAUAGAUAGAUAACUCUCUUUAGUAAUAAUUAUAGUUAGACAACCCUCUUUAAUAAUAGUUAUAGAUAGAUAACUCUCUUUAGUAAUAAUUAUAGUUAGACAACCCUCUUUAAUAAUAGUUAUAGAUAGAUAACUAUUUAGUAAUAAUUAUAGUUAGACAAACCUCUUUAAUAAUAGUUAUAGAUAGAUAAACUCUCUUUAGUUAUAAUUAUAGUUAGACAAACCUCUUUAAUAAUAGUUAUAGAUAGAUAACUCUCUUUAGUAAUAAUUAUAGUUAGACAAACCUCUUUAAUAAUAGUUAUAGAUAGAUAACUCUCUUUAGUAAUAAUUAUAGUUAGACAACCCUCUUUAAUAAUAGUUAUAGAUAGAUAACUCUCUUUAGUAAUAAUUAUAGUUAGAUAAACCUCUUUAAUAAUAGUUAUAGAUAGAUAACUCUCUUUAGUAAUAAUUAUAGUUAGACAACCCUCUUUAAUAAUAGUUAUAGAUAGAUAACUCUCUUUAGUAAUAAUUAUAGUUAGAUAAACCUCUUUAAUAAUAGUUAUAGAUAGAUAACUCUCUUUAGUAAUAAUUAUAGUUAGACAAACCUCUUUAAUAAUAGUUAUAGAUAGAUAACUCUCUUUAGUAAUAAUUAUAGUUAGACAACCCUCUUUAAUAAUAGUUAUAGAUAGAUAACUCUCUUUAGUAAUAAUUAUAGUUAGAUAAACCUCUUUAAUAAUAGUUAUAGAUAGAUAACUCUCUUUAGUAAUAAUUAUAGUUAGACAAACCUCUUUAAUAAUAGUUAUAGAUAGAUAACUCUCUUUAGUUAUAAUUAUAGUUAGAUAAACCUCUUUAAUAAUAGUUAUAGAUAGAUAACUCUCUUUAGUUAUAAUUAUAGUUAGACAACCCUCUUUAAUAAUAGUUAUAGAUAGAUAACUCUCUUUAGUAAUAAUUAUAGUUAGACAAACCUCUUUAAUAAUAGUUAUAGAUAGAUAACUCUCUUUAGUAAUAAUUAUAGUUAGACAAACCUCUUUAAUAAUAGUUAUAGAUAGAUAACUCUCUUUAGUAAUAUUAUUAGACAACCCUCUUUAAUAAUAGUUAUAGAUAGAUAACUCUCUUUAGUAAUAAUUAUAGUUAGAUAAACCUCUUUAAUAAUAGUUAUAGAUAGAUAACUCUCUUUAGUAAUAAUUAUAGUUAGACAAACCUCUUUAAUAAUAGUUAUAGAUAGAUAACUCUCUUUAGUAAUAAUUAUAGUUAGAUAAACCUCUUUAAUAAUAGUUAUAGAUAGAUAACUCUCUUUAGUUAUAAUUAUAGUUAGAUAAACCUCUUUAAUAAUAGUUAUAGAUAGAUAACUCUCUUUAGUAAUAAUUAUAGUUAGAUAAACCUCUUUAAUAAUAGUUAUAGAUAGAUAACUCUCUUUAGUAAUAAUUAUAGUUAGAUAAACCUCUUUAAUAAUAGUUAUAGAUAGAUAACUCUCUUUAGUAAUAAUUAUAGUUAGAUAACCCUCUUUAAUAAUAGUUAUAGAUAGAUAACUCUCUUUAGUAAUAAUUAUAGUUAGAUAAACCUCUUUAAGUGAUGUAUGUCAGUCUGCUUUUGAUGUUUUAUGGCAGGAAUCAGUAUCACACUUGGUCCUAUUUGAUGGAAUCCUACACAAUUUGCUCAAAGAGAAAUGGAAGCAUGCCUGUCGUUAUAGGUGUGUAAAACUAAGGCAUAUUCCAUUGCCAGUGUUAAUAAUCAUGCGUGUACCACACUGUAUCAUACAUUUUGAUACAUAAAAUGUACAGUACCUAAGGGUACUCCAAAAAAAUUUUUUUUUGGGACCGCUCAUGUAUAUAUCCUUGCCAAUACCAAAUUUAUGGUACAACAAAUGUGGGUAUUUGGGUUUCAUUCACAGAGAUGAUCCCACUCAUAGCUAAUGCUGGUUGAAAAAAAAAGAAGCAUUUACUGGUGACUUGCAUUGCAUAUAUCAGUAAACUCACUUUCUUUACAUUAGUCACUAAAUGGAUCAAACUACACCUCCUUUAACCCUCUAACUCCCAGAUCAGAUUUGUAAUUCUCCUUACUGUCAACCAUACAAUUCUUACAAUGUUGGUUCAGAGAAUUUAGUGUUGGAUGGACUAAUUAUCCCCAAAUUUAUAUUUUUCUUUAUUCUCAUCACUUAUCUGGUUGAAAUUGUAUUGAUAUUGUAAGGAGAAAUUCUGUCUUGUUCACUCAUGGGAGUUAAAGGGUUAAAGGGUUAAAAGCUGCCAAGGUUAUAUUCCCUUCCCUUUAAAGCAUCUCCAUUAAGUCAUGAAAUCUGUUGAACUAGCUCUGUACUACCCAUAACUAUCACACCAGGUAAAAAGUUGUUAACUUGUUGUAAUAUCUCAUUUAUUAUUAUUAAUUACAUUAAAAUGUUAUUUCAUAAUUGUUUUUAUUAAUUAUUAUUUUGUUAUCUUCUCAGAUUUUAUCAGCUUCUGGCUCUGUACAUCUUCUUUCUCAUCACCUUAAGUGUUGCUGUUCUCCUCCGCCCUCUUGGUGUAAGUUCCAACCAAUUUUGUUACAUUGCCUUUUUUAACUUUGCAAUUGAUGUUUCAUUUUAAAUUUUUGCUUCAAAUUACUGACAGAAAUUAUACGCUGUAACGUGGCUGGAUCCAGGGAUUUUUCUCAGGAGGGGCCAGGUGCACCAAUAAGGAAGGAUGUAACUGAUGGGCGACUUAAACAAAUUUUAAAAGCAAAUAAUGGAAAAGACGGCUUAUGACCAGGCAAUAACAUUAUGUGAACUGCUGGGAAUACUUACAUGUAGCAAACAUACAGCGGAUUUUGUAUGACUAUGAAGUUGUUUUAGAAAUUUCAGGUCAUCUCAUAAUGUGGUGCCCACUCCCUGCACCCUUUCCAUAGAUCCACCUCUGCAUAAGUAGAAAGGGCAUUUUGUACCAAUGACAUUUUGUACCUACUACAUGUUUAUAACAAUUAACUACAGGGAAACCAAACCAGAGUAGUUAAUGACUAAUUUGAACACUCAAUGUAGAACUUAAACCUCAUGUAGUAUCUACAUGUACAUAACAUGUGUCCUCUUGUGAUGGGUGAAUUUAAAAAUAGCAAAUGAUGAUUUUUGUGGUACCUUGUAGGACUUGCAUUGUGAUGACAAUGUUAAAAACAGCAGCCCUAUUAACUCCUCCAUGACAUCAAAUACCACAAGUUGUGAUUCCUGUUUUCUCCUUAACACAAUUAAGAAUGACAGCACUCAACAGGUUUGUGGUUUCUGUAUACUUGGUCAUUAAUUGCAUGGAUUCUCUUCAAUCUAGCAUUAUCAUGAUAUUAAGUCAGUAUGAGUAACUCUUUUUAAUUGUUCUUGAGAAUAGAACCCUGUAGUAUUUGCACAAUUUCUCUGUUGUCAUGGUUCACAUAAUUGCCUAAGUUGAUUAUUUUGGCAAUAACAAUGUAUUUGUAUUUCAAACUGAGACGUAUUAUACCUGCCUUGAAGCCUGAAAAAAAUAGCUGCCAUUUAAUAACAAAUUGCCUUUGAAAGGCUAAAUGAAAAAGCUUUAAAAAGGCAUCUCAUUUGCUUUUAUUCAGUAGGAUUUUUUUAGUAACAUUUUUCUUAACUUCAACCCCACCCCAAUUUUCCUGGCAAUGGUAUAGUGUUGCUUCUUUUUUUCCUAUAACUGUGGUGUCUAAACAAAGGGUCUUAUAUGCAAAAUCUCAGUAAUGUCAGAACCUCUUUAAACUGAACUUAUUUUCUACAGGUUCGAGCUGCUUUUGAAAUCCUGACAUUGCUGUUUGCUUUCAUCUACAUCCUUAUCCUCAUUCGAGAGGUGAUUUUUCAGGAGGGACUCAAGCCUGUUUUCUUUGACUUGGUAAGAGUUGCAUUAUUUAGCAGUUAGGAAAGGUUAAUGAUUUUCACUUUUCACUUCUUUUAAAUUAGUACAAGAAAGUACAGUCAAUGUUACUGUUUACAAUAACCUGGUAUGGUAUGUUCCUCACUAAGUAUUUUACAUUGCAUUGUCCAUUGCAGUUGAAAAAUUGGACUCAUGGCUCUUCAGGGGGAGGGGAAAUCGAGAAGUGAUCAACGUGAUAACAUUUAAUUUAAUUUUUGUGGUGUUUCUUUUGUUUCAUCAACCCUGUUUUAUUUCAUGGUAUACUUUGUUCAGGUUCACAACCCUCUGCGACUCCUGCUGGUGUUAUCUUGUGUAAUAUUACUAACCUGCUUAGCAGCACGCUUCACUUGUGAACCUAAUCUUGAAGAUCACCUGGUAAUUGCAGCUCUUGUUCUGGCCUGGCCUUACUCUCUCACAUUCUGCAGGUGUGACAAUAAAUUCACUUUGUUUUGUCCCUUAAAGCAUUAUAUUUACUUGCUGAGUGCAUGAAAAGUCAAAAUCAACAUCCCAAUUCUAAAAUAUUGUCCCUCUUCUUGCAGCUGUUCAAUGCAGUGCUUUUCCACCCACUCAUGUUCACUGGUUACUCAAUUUUAAUGAGGAACUUGAAAACUAAAAAAAUAUGCUCAAUGUACAAUUACUCUCAUCAGAUGUUGUCAGUGCUGUGGUUUAAAGCCUGCUAUUGCUACAUUUUUGACAGUUACGUCUCUGUCUUUUCUCUCAUUUAAAAGUAGAAUCCAUUCUUGAUCAGAAUCACUUUCCAUUUGAUGAUGUAAGUUAUACUGUAUGGUGAUAAUGACAUACUUUAAUUUUGUGUUUCAGGGGGUUUGCUCUUGUAGGGCCUUUCGUGGUUAUGAUCUAUCAGAUGUUAAGGAGAGAUUUCAUCAUUUUCUUCAUUAUUUAUAUGAUUUUUGUAAUUGGAUUUUCUCAAGGUGAGGUAGAUUUGUUAGUUAUGUCAUUAUUCAAUUCAAUUUUCAGCCUCAGUCGCAUUGUACUUUCUGAGAUUCUGCAAAUUUGCUAGCUUUUCUAUUUUAAUGAGGUUAUUAUCUUGUUGGUAAAGGUUUCUGCCAUAGUAAUGUUUUGCUCUCAAAUAGUCUCCCUCAUAAAGUUAUACAAGCAGGAUCUCUGAAUUUUUAGGUAUUCUUUAUGUUAACAAUUUUUUUAACACUUAGAAGCCUGACAUUAUGGAAUACUAGUAUUUUGUUAGUUAAUAAAUUAAAAUUAAUAUAAUACUAGUAAAUAGAUUUUGACAAUUUAUGACAUUGUUUUGUAUGUUUUGUCUCAAAUCUGACUGAUUGCGAAGGCAAAUAAAUGAAAAUUACAACUACACAUAACUACAAUAACCGUAUAAUGCUGUGAAAAAUGAUUAGAUAACUGCAACCUCAUCUCCCUGGGGUUUUUUUUAAUUUUCUUUUAGGCUGGUUUGCGAGAAAGUUUUGGUGUUGAUUUGGUAUUGUCUACAUUUUGUUUUCUUUAGCCAUGUUUUUGGUGACGCUUGGGUAUGACGACAAAUCCGUCCAGGAAAAUCUCUUUACACGCUGGUUUUCUGCCGGUCUUGGACUCGUAAUUCUUUCAUUAGGAGAAUAUGAGGUAUGCUCUGAACCGUAGGUGCACCUAUGUUAUUAGUGGAACAGGUCGGUAAAACGUGUAGGAAAGACAGUAUUGAAUGAAUUCUCAUUGAGCCGUUGUCAAUUGAGUUUCGAAAGUAAUCCAUGAUUGCUUUGUUCUUGCUUAACUUCGCUCUGUUAAUGGUCCAGAAAACUCGCGCCACCUUCUCAACCAAUCAGAUUGAAAACUUACCGGUAUACCAAUCGUGAUUGGUCACUCGUGUUUUCCCGCGUUUCAUGCAGUUUGCCUGUUGUUACUGGGAGUUCUAAUUGGCUAGUGAUGAUGUCAACCUUCGCUGCAAUUGGCUGUCUUGAUUACUUUGGUUUUUCGAAACUCAAGUGAGAACUGUGAGAUCAUUUGUACACAGGUUGAGCUCCUCUGAACAGGUAAAUCUGAAAGUCUUUCAAGCUCUUCUGUGAUGGUAUACUUCAAGAUAUAGAACAUGAGGAGAAUAUCUUAGAAAAUGUGUCCCUUCCUAUGAAGUCCUUGUCAGUAAAUAAUGUGACAUUUGCUUUAAGAUAUUUUUCUAUUUCAAUCUCUUGCUAGGCAUUUUUCCAGUAAUUCACCAAUUUUUCAGUAUUUUUCAUCAAUGAUCAUGCGCUUGUAAAAAAAUUGAUUCCUUUGCCCUGUGUGUUCCGCUUUUUUUUUUUUUUAUCUAAUUGGGCAAUGUGGUAUCAUCAUAACGUUCAUAACAGGCCUACAUUUAUAACAUGUAGUCUCACAAUUUUUCAAUUUCAGGAGUUGUAUGAACAAGUGGCACACAGUAACUCGCCGUUUAAGAUUCUGGGUUUGGUAAGAAACCUCCAUCCUUUUCCAUUGACAUGAGGAUUCAUUUUCGUAUCUGGGGGUAUUCAGUUGGAGGGAAAAAGUGAUCCAGGCUUUCAUUAGUUUUGUUGCAUUGGAGAACUUUUAAAAAACUCCCUUCAUACUUGAGAUGCAAAACUUAAACCAUUAGCAGCCAGCUUGUUCACUUGUCCCUUUCUCGAGGGCUGUCACAUGAAUUUGUUUUGAGUUCCUUGGCUUCUUGUUGUUAUAACCUUAGUUCUGAUUGGCCGGUAUCGAUUAGUUAUGGUUUUAUGACAUUCCCUCGAAAUGUUUUCUGUUGCUAUUGUUCUGAACUCGUAAACUGGUUGCUUACUUGUUCCUUUUUUUCCUGCAGAUCAUGUUUUUUCUGUUUAUGAUCCUCGGAGCCUUGUUGAUUGUGAACAUGUUGAUUGCUAUGAUGGGAAACACGUACCUUAAAGUUGCAGAAACCGAAAAGGAAUGGACACGACAGGUAAAUGAAAUGAACUUUUCCCGCCGCAAGAUUUUAUCAAUUUCUUCACUUCAUUUUAGAAAAAUUUUCAAUAGAGUGUCAGAAGUAAUCUGGGAUUGCUGUAAAUUUGCUUUCUUCCGUUUUAUGAUUGGUCCAGAAAACUUGCACCACUUUCUCAACCAAUCAGAUUCAAAACUAAAACCCAUCGCGACUUGGUCACCCGCGUUUUCCCGCGCUUCAGGCAGUGUGCUUGUUUUUACUUCGAGUUAUCAUUGGCUACUGUGAUAUUUCCCUUGCUAUGAUUGGCUGUAAUGAUUGCUUUGGUUUUGUGUUACGACAAUCAGUUGAAAAGUGCUCCACUGAUUUACUCUAUAUGAUUAACUAAAAUGGUAUUUUUUUCUCUUAGUGGGCUCGUAUCGUACUUGCCGUAGAGCGCAUGCUCACCCCGAAACAAAGGCUCGCUGCACAGAAGCUGUACUCACAGAGCGUGGGUACUAACGAGGAAAGAGCACUGAUCAUGAGGCUGCGGAAACAUGAAGAUCACCAACAGGUUAGUAUGUUGACAGCUCUUCUUCAAGUUAUAAAAAAUAAAUUUAUGGAAGAUAAAUGAAUGUUACUAAAUGAAAGUUUACCUUUGGUCUUCUCAGAGUGAAUAUUGCGAUGUACUUUGUACAUUUUGUCGUAUUUCAGGCGCUGUAUUUGUCGAUUUGAACUGAUUUAUUCAUAACUUGCCGGUAUCAAGCAGUUGUCCUGAAGAUUUUAUUACCUAGCCCUUCAUGUGAGUCGCUCACCAAUUUUCCUAAAUUUGUUUCAUGUUUCCCAGACCCAAGUUUCUAACGAUCCAAAACAACGGGCAAAAGGCAAAGUCAAGGAUUCCAUACCACUGCCGAGGAAGGAUUACGAUUGGUUGGAUACGAGUGUGUGAAGAAAUCCUAUUGGUUCGCUGUCACUGAAUCGAUUAAUGGACACCACAUGUAGUGAAUUAUUAACUCCCUGAGUCUCCUUGAGUCAUGUGAUCUCGUUAUUAUCCAAAUGAGUGUAUUCAGUAAACAUUUUUCAUGAGUUAUUCAUAAUUCUUUACAAAGUUUUUUGAACUUUCACAUUUGUAGCUUAACCUCAUCGUAGAACACUUAUUUAAGGCAGUUCGACCCAAGAAACAUUUGUCAAAAUUCUUUUUUGGUGCAAAAACACAAUUUGAUAAAAUACAAUGUGAACGUCUCCUCCUUCAUUUAAUAACCUUUGCAGGUAAAUGAAUCACGAAUCAAAGUUAUAGGAGUUUCUGUUUGUUCUACUAAUGAAUGUUUUUUCAAACACCAAUGCAUUUUGUAGUAGUUUGAGUAUUUCUUGUGAAAAUACUUGUACAUUUAUUUUAUUACAAGUAUCAGUCUCUCUUUUUACUUAUUUCGCACAGUGGCUGGUCGUAAAUACUUUCAUAAUUAUUUGUAAUUUUUAAAGAGACUGGGUUCGUCUUCAUCGUAUCGAACGGUUUACAAAUAGUAGUUUUAAGUUUCAUUGAUUCUGAAAGUUAAAACGCACGGUUGGUAAGGGAAAAAGGUUGCCCUUCCAAACAGAAUAUUUGUUAUAUGUGGAUUUGAACUGAAGUAUUUGAAAUUGUUGAAAUGCGGAAAUUUCAUGCACGAAAUAUGAUGCAAUUGGUAGGAUCUUUUUCAAAAGAAACCUAGUGAACGUUAUUUAUCAGCAAUCGUGUAAUUUAUUUAGACGAUAUUUUUUGAAAUUUUGUUCAGUAACGUAUAAAAACAAGACGCAAGUAGGACAACAGAUAACAAUUUCGUCAUAUUCUCAUAUUCUCAUGGACAUCGAGGAGCAGGUUAUUUUGGCUGGCCGAGAUACUACCCAUAAAGUCGCAAUACACUAUAAUGAAACAUAAGUGGUGUAAUAGAUAUGAGAUAUGAUAAUUAUUGCCUCGAAGGCACGGUAUUAUUUGUUCUGUGACCAUUAAGUUGAAACUGUGUAUGAACCUUAGUAGCCGGACCCAAUUAUUUACUUAAGAAGGGUGCGCAGGACAAGUACAAAAACGAUUCUUUCAAAACUUUUCUUUAUUUUUCGAGUCAGAACGCGAAACUCUUCAUUCUUCACCCAUCGAAAAACGCGACUUGUUUUUCUUCGGUUCUA